AUGGACCCGCUUACUUUCAGCAACGCGUCAUUAUACAGCAUUGGUGACAUUCUGAAUCUACCGGCGGCUAUGGAAUUUUUGGACGAUGAAGAUUUCGGAAGCACGAUGAUGAUGCUUGAAAAUGCAAUCGCGUCUUCGCCUACGUCAUCUUUUUGUAGAGAAGACCCUAACAGCCUAAACUUGAGCCUGACAGGAUUGAGUGAUGCCUUCAACGUGCGGGACACGGCUUGCACUGAGCAGCACUUGAUUGGUACCGAUAAAUUGGAACACCCUAAUGGCGUUAGCUCUUGCCUUUCGCAUGAUGAAAAGAACCGAAGCAGCGGUCGUGUUGGUGGCGGCGAUGUUUAUAUCAAGCAGGAGAACAACAUGCCCGGCUUGUCGCCAAUUAUGGACUCCUUUCUGCGCGAGUCUUGGGAUGACAUCAUUAAUCCAGGCUCAAAAUCUGCCAGUUCAAUUGUAAUUUCGACUACGCCUGGUCGAAUGGACUCGUUGACGCCCCGCUUCUUCCUUCCCAGCCCGUCACCAUUAGGAGGACCGCUAUUGAUGAAGAGCAUGCCGAUUUUUGCACAAACGUUACCACCAGCGACCCUGCGCAUGAUCUCCAACACUUCAACCUCUCCAACUGCUGUGUCCACCAAAUCGAAAGGGACACGGCGAGCAAAGCAGUGUAUUGCUGAAGCGUGUACCCGGCGCGCUCAGUCUAAUAAUAGAUGCAAGACUCACGGUGGUGGCGCACGGUGCCAAAUAGAAGGUUGCAACAAAAGUUCACAGGGUGGAGGACUUUGCCGCGCCCACGGAGGUGGCAAAAAGUGCCGAGUACCUGGUUGCUCAAAAGGAACUCAACGUCUUGGUUUAUGCUACCUGCACGGUGGGAUCCGUCGUUGUAUAGCAGAAGGUUGCAAGAAGAAGGACCGUGGAAACGGCUACUGCAUCUCGCACGGAGGAGGCCGACGGUGCGAAGCUGAUGGAUGCAGUCGCUCGGUUCGUAAAGGCAAUCACUGUCAGAUGCACCAAGUCUUAGCAUAUGAUACUCCGUUUCAGACAAACCGAUGCCAGGGACUUUAUUCGUAA